UUUCCUGGGGCUUCUCGGCACAACACCGGCUAGCAAACCCUCUUGCAAACUGUGGCGUCAUUUCUGGACUGCUGCCAAGGCCUUCCCCUCGGCUGCGUCUCUCGACGUCUCUGGAAGGGCCUCCUCGGUUCCAGGCCUGCCUGGAAAGGCCUCUUGCAACACGUUGCGUCAGUCUCUGGGCUCGUGCCAAGGAGCUGGCCGGCAGAUAAAAAGCCGGAGAGCACUCGGAGUCAGCCAGACAGAAAGGAACCACAGCCGAAGCAGCUCUGCUUGCUAGAUCAUCUCUUCUUCCCCGGCUGUUUGGCUGCGGCACCGCCAUGGCGAGCUAUUCCCGCUACCUGCUCCGUAUGCUGCCCCUGCGCCGCUGGCCGCUGCACAGCUUUGGCCCCGUCUGGCUCAGUGGGCCGCAAUCGGCUGGCGAGGCCCUGUGGCCGGCAGCCGGGCAAAGCCUCGUCGACCGGGUCGCAGCCGACGUGGAGAGGCAGAUCGUGGAAAUGGAGACGAUGAGCAGGGCCUUCUUCCAGGCCUCACCGCUGCAGAAGUUCCUGCGGGAAGCGUCGCCGGAGGAGAGCGUGGCCCGGGACGGCGAGGCAGGCGGAAAGUUUCACUUCUCGGUGGACGUGGCCGGCUUCGCACCGGAGGACGUGGCCGUGCGGCUAGACGGCAGGAAGCUGACGGUGACCGCCAAGCGGCUGCACGAGAACACAAGCGAGGAGGGCGGCUGCGUGAGGGAACGCCACGAGGUACGCCGCGAGACUCUCCUCCCCGCCGACGUGGACCUCCAGGCCGUGACGUGCUCGCUGGCGUCCGACGGGCGGCUGUGCAUCGAGGCCCCCCGCCUGGCUGCGGCGAAAGCCAUCCCCAUCGACGUGAAGGCGGCCGACCAGCAGGCUCCGGGAACCAGCACAGAGAAGGAGCCCGAGAAGCCGCAGGACGCUUGAAAAGUGUGGACGUUUUGGGCACGCAGGGAAUUAGUGCGACGUCUUAGUUUGGCGUCUGCCAGGAUUCCAGCUGGCCUUUCGACUGCCUUGACUAAUAUUUCCAAUUUAUUAAUCGCCUUCGAAAGCGACGUACGCUUAUUUUUCCUUGUGUGCAAUUGAAAAUUGUGUGUCUUAUUUUCCCACGUUAAUCGCCAAACUGAUUUACGCUUCUGUUCCUCAUCCACAAUAAAAAUUGUGUUUUAUUUUUGCACA